AUGGCGCUAGGCGCCGGGCUGGUGACCCUGAGACGUUUCUCCCGGAGCGUGCCGCGCCGCGCCUUGGCGGGACACACGGCCGUGACGCGCACGGCGCCGAAGGUGCCUGGGCUGCCGAGGAAGGCGGCCACUGUGCUGGCACCGCCUGAGGAGAUUUUGGGGAUUAAACCAGAUGAGAAGUACAAUGUGCCUGCUGGAGUCAGAGAAAAACUGGGGAAGAACCUCUUGUUGAAUGAGAAGCAUCCCUUGGGAAUUUUGUGGAAGACAGUGCAAGACUAUUUUGCCGAACAGGAUCCCAACUGCAAAUUUUUCGACACCGAGAAGCCCGUGGUGUCCACGGUGGAGUGCUUUGACAAGUUGCGGGUGCCACCGGAUCACGUCUCGCGCUCGCCCUCGGACACCUACUACGUGAACGCGGACUACGUGUUGAGGACGCACACCUCGGCCCACCAGUGUCAGUUCCUGAGUCAAUACCCCGAGAUCAGCAGCUUCCUCUGCGCGGGGGACGUCUAUCGAAGAGACGAGAUCGACGCCUCGCACUACCCGGCCUUCCAUCAGUGCGAAGGAGUUCGGCUCUUUGACGCUCAGAAGGUCUCCAAAGAAGAGGUGAUGGAAGACUUGAAGAAGACUCUGGAGGGUCUGGCGGCGCAUCUCUUUAAUCUGAAAACGGGCGAAGACACCAUGCGCUGGCUCGACGAGUAUUUUCCCUUCACGGAGCCCUCUGUGGAACUGGAGAUCUUCUACCAGGAGGACUGGAUGGAAGUACUGGGCUGCGGCGUGAUUCACCACGAUGUGCUGCGAAAUGCAGGAUUGGACCCAGAGAAGGUCCACGGCUGGGCUUUCGGCCUCGGCUUGGAACGUUUGGCCAUGGUGCUCUUCGGCAUCCCGGACAUCCGGCUCUUCUGGUCCGACGAUGAGCGGUUUGCACAGCAGUUCACCGCGCAAUCCUUCACGGAGAAGACCAAGUUCAAACCCUUUUCCAAGUAUCCUCCCGUGCUCAAGGACAUCAGCAUGUGGAUUCCAGAAGAGUUCGUGGACAACGACCUCUUCGAAAUGAUCCGGGACGAGGGAGGCGACCAGGUGGAAAAGGUGGAUUUGCUGGAUGAGUUCACACACCCCAAGACAGGCCGCACCUCGAAGAUGUUCCGCGUCACCUGGCGCGACAUGUCGCGGACCUUGACCAAUGAGGAGGUCAACACGAAACACGAAAAGGUCUUGGAACGUGUCGUGGAGGAGUUGAAGGUGGAGCUUCGCUAA